GUGGGUGGAGGCAAAAUCAAAUGUGACUGAAGAGUCAUCCAUGUGCAAUCGCAGAUAUCAACAAGACAGUUUCACUCCACUGACAAUGCUACGAAAACUACACCCUAUCCGAUUCCAAACAAGCCUUUGUCGCCAUACGGCAACUCUAGAAUGAUGCAGGCAACCAUCAACCCAAACAACUUCCUGUUGAUUAUGAGAUUCCUAAAGACAUGACAACGAAGGAGGACGAACACCCUAAUGUCCGCUUCAGUAUGCUUCAGAUAGACAUCAAUGAAAAUGGUGUUGCAGACAAUGCUGCGGCCAAACGCGCCACCGCCUCCCGUCGACUGCUUCUAGUGGGGAUUGUGUGUGUUCUAGCUGCUGUCAUACUGGCUACCAUUGCUCUGGCGGUUGGACUAACACUCACAGGCGACGUCAGAAGGGCUGUGAAUGCUGGUGAGGCUAACAUGCAAUCAACAUUGAGCAUCUCCUCUUCCAUUUCAUCCUCCUCAACAACCCCACCAUCUCCACCAACCACAACCUCUCCCUCAGCGCCGCUUUCCCGGACAACUCAUAUUCCCAUCACUCCUACGAUCUCAAUAAAACCAUCUCCCACCGCUUCAGGAAUGACUCUCCCUCCAUCACAUACAUACCAGGUCUCUUCCAGUGUCGGUGACCACACCUCAGAAAUUCCAACACAUGUCUCCCCAACUCAUGCCUCUGUUCUUUCUUCAACUGCUUCCACACCUGCAGCCGAUACCUCAUCUACAGCAACAGCAUCAUCCACCACGGUUGAUACAACCACUUUGCCGGCUUGUCGGUCUGAUCAGCUCCGCUGUGACAGUGGUCAGUGUGUGGAUGGCAGUUCGAGGUGCAACCGGAAGAUUGAAUGCCUUGACCAGUCUGAUGAAACCUCCUGUUCAGAGUGUCAGCAGUCAGGGGGGUACCAGUGCGCCUCAGGCCUGUGUUUGUGGGACGGCAAGCGUAGGUGCAACGGACGCUUCGACUGUGCCGACCUUAGUGAUGAACUCAACUGUCCUCGGAGAAACAAUUACCACGUGUGUGACAAUGGAAUGCAGAUAAGACAAGCACUUGUGUGCAAUGGCAUUGAUGACUGUUACGACAACAGUGAUGAAAAGGACUGUCUGUAUCCAGGGAUGUCACUCCGGGCGUGGUCAUGCCUGGAUGGCAGUUGCAUCAUGAGGGAGUGGGUGUGUGACGGCUACCCUGACUGUGUCAACGGCACGGAUGAGGCUAACUGCAGCUCAUGUUUUGCCACUGAGUUUAUGUGCAAGGACUACUAUUGUCUCAACUAUAGUUCAGUGUGCAACGGAGUCUUUGACUGUGAAAAAGGGGAAGAUGAACGGACCUGUGUACAUCUACAGAACCCCAACUCAACAGUUCCAACCGAACUCACCAUACAGAAGGGUGAGGCUCGGUUCUUGGUGUGUGGCGAUGAGUGGACGGAUGCGAACAGCAACUUCCUGUGUCAAGAGUUAGACAUGUCCUAUCAGUCAACAAGCUUUCAGGAAGUAAGAAACACCUCUUCUGAUGCUGCCUACCUUCUCCUGAAGCCAGGAGCUACAAAGCUGAGUCGAGAUCAACCACUGGGCACUUUCUUCACUCAAAGGUCUGCCUGUCCAUCACUGACGACUGUAGCCCUGUCUUGUGUACAGCAAGAUUGUGGACAGCGAAAAGCCACCAUCAUCACUCCAUAUGUUAUUGGAGGGAACAUACCACAGGAAGGGAAAUGGCCCUGGGUUGUCUCCCUUUCCUACCAGGGCUCUGCACAAUGUGCAGGUGCUCUCAUCAACAAGCAGUGGGUGAUCACUGCAGGACACUGUGCUUCAAGACCAGGUCAUUUUAGCUACGUGACAACAUUCUCAAACCUGGAGAUUCUCCUUGGCACUGUGGACAGACAAGGCAGGUCAGCCCAUGCAGUGAGAGUACGUGCCGCCAACAUCACCUACCACUACAACUUCACCGCAGCCCGGCCCCUGGACUGGGAUAUGGCCCUGGUGAAGCUGGAGAGACCUGUGGAGUUCACAGACUACAUACAGCCAAUAUGUCUGCCUUACGAAGGACAGACCUACACAUACCCCUCCCUGUGCUAUCUGGCUGGAUGGGGACUAGUCAACAGUGUGCAAUAUUUACCACCAGAGAAGUUGCGAGAUGCGAAGAUGAUGGUGUGGGAUGAUGGAGGGUGUGUGGACAGCAACAACUUCACCCUGUGUGCUGGCUACCUGAACGGCCACCCUGCAGGCUGUCAAGGUGACAGUGGAGGGCCUUUGAUGUGCCAGGAGAAGGCAGGAAGUGGCUGGGUGUUGGCGGGGGUGAUGAGCAGCGGGAGGAGCUCCUGCGAGGACACACCCUCCUCCCAGCCCAACAGGUUUGCCAACAUUGGCAGUGUCAGGAAGUGGAUUCAGUCAAUCAUAUCUGUAUCCUAGCAUUACCAUUGGUCGAUUGACCAGGUACAGAAUCAGUAAUAGCUGGAUCUUCGUGUAACACAUGGCUGUUUGCCAAAAUAUUGUCCUUAGUAAUUACAGGAUUCUGGUUACAGUGGUUUUAGAAGUGGAAUACUGCUGGCCUCGGCAAAAGCUGAUCAUAUUGAGGGAAUUACCCAAGAUCUCCUUGAUCCUACUUGCAUGAGACUUAUUUAAGACGUGACUUCCAACACCUUUCACUAAGACUGGUCUGAUACAAUGCAGAAAAUGUUUUUGGUUUUAGAUUUUUUUUUGUAUUUGGUGUUUCAAUUUCAGAAUGAGGAAUUUAUUAAGUGCUAAUUACCAUGUAAUUAUGCUAAUUAUAGUGUUGAAUGAUUUUGUGGAUUUCACAGAGGAAUCACCUUCAUAUGAAGUUAGCAGUGUGAAAUUGGGAGUGAGUUGAAAGUGUUUUAAUUUCUUUGUUGAUAUAUGAUAUCCAAACAAUGGUUGUGUCACUGAUGGAUCUCCUGAAUUGUGUUGAUGAUAUCAUAAUAUACCGAUAUUGUAUUUAUUAUCAAGAGUGUAUAUAUGUUAUAGCUUGUUUUUAUUGGCAGUUCUGGUUGUGCAUUUUGAUAUCUUGUGUUACAUGCCCUGGUCUUUCGUGUUACUUGUUAUUUCAUUGGUUGUGAUCUGUAUGAUAGUAUCCUGCAGGGUUACCAUGGUUACCACUGGUCAAAACCUGUAGUAAAAGGAUUCAUAGAAUUAAGCGGAGAUGCAACAACAUAUUUGCAUUUUUUUAACUUGUUUCAUAUAUUUCGUUUUGUAUGAAGCCCUUUCGGUGUGUUCUUAUUCAUGGUUGUAAUUUUUCAUUUGUUGAGUUUUGUCUUAAUUUGUCAUGACCUUUUCCUCCGUGAGUGAAAGUUUUAGUGCUGUUUUGAGAAGAGCUUGUUUAGAUCUCCAGAUGGGAUUGAUAUUACAAUGUGCUAAUCUGUGCUUCAGUGAAUUGUUGCCCCCUUUUAAAUUGUCAAUUAAUUGAAUGAAUGAUGAAGAAAACAUAUGUGUGAUUUAUCCUUCCACUGAUGUCCACUGCCAAAUGCAUGGGGAGCUCAGCUAGCUAUAAAGUUUGUUGUUCUGAAUUGUCUCCCUUAUGCAUACUGUGAUCCAAUGUUUCUGGGUUUGAAUCCUAGGUGUAUCUUGAGUAUGAUCCUUGUCACAUAUCAUACUUGCUUGUGGGUUAAGAAAGUGGUAAAUGCUGUUGUAUAUGUGAAACAGACUGUACACUGUGUUCGGUAGGAUGUUUGUCUCCUGUAUACUGAUGCUGUUGAUCACCGGAUUGUCUGGUCCAGACUCGAUUAUUAACAGACCGCCGCCAUAUAGAUGGAAUAUUGCUGAGUGCGGCGUAAAACUAGACUCACUCACUCCUGUAUACUGAACCUCUUCUGUCUAACAUAGAGGAGAUUUUUUAUGUCUUCCAUCCUCUGGGUUGCUUCAUUUAAAACAACUUUCCAGAUCAGGAGUUCCGACUUGUGAGUCGGUUGAUAAUAUCGAUCUCUUGCGUGUGGGUGAGACUUAUUUGAUAUUGUCAUAUAGCUUGAAUAUUUCUGUGUGCAGCAUUCAAUGCCAUACAUUUGUCGUGAUAACCUCAACAAAAUCGGAUUGUUAAAGGUCACAUGCAACCAAAAAAAUUAACGUAAUUAAGACACAACUAUCAUUUAUUCAUGACAUAUAAUAUACAUUGCUGAUUAUGAAAAACAAAUAAAAUUUGUCAGUCAGUCACCUAAUCGCCAGCACACAAAGUCAGCCGCCUAACCUGCUCAGCCCUGCCAAAAGCCACAAUCCCAGCCCGACAUCUGGGCUGGUAACUUCAAAAUGUCAAAAUGGAUUUAACCCGACCAGACAAACCAAAGAGAAUAACUCAAAUUUAAGUUAUUGUUUUGUGGCUGUUUUAGUGAUAAUAUAUGUCAACUCAGUGCGUCUAAAUGUAACGCUUAAUUUGAAAAAUAGAUUUUAAGAUAUGGUGAAUUUACUCAGAUGCAUGGAACAUGUAUCUUACAUUUUUUCCCAGAGCAUCGGACAGGCUAGCUGUAAAUUUUGACCAUCUGUCAGAAAUCUAGCCCGUCUCGGGCGGUCGGACGGGCGGGCCUUAUAUCAUACACUGAUUAAACAGCUGUUUAGUUAUUUGCAGGAAUAAGUGUAAUUAAUUCACAGACAUUUUUUAUAUUCUGUGAGAAUAUUCUUUAAAAUAUUCCUUAUUUGGUCAGUCUCUUGAGUUUCAUUCAUUGAUUAUAAAACCUGUGUUGAUUGAUAGACUGAUAGAUGAUGAGGGAGUUUAGUUCUUUAUUGAUAACCGUCCCCUAUAACUGUCUUUGUGUGAUUUCUGUCCUGUUUGUGUUGACUUGAGGGCAAAUGAUGAUGCCCCUUUAGUUAAGCUGCACCUGCUUGUCCUUCUAAUUUACCAGUAGAAUUAUGUGUUUGGAGAUUUACACAUAUUUGAAACUCCAAUCAAACUGACUGAUUCUGAUUCAAUCAGAUGGGGUUUAUUGUGAUUUAUUAACCUCUGAUUGACCAGUCAGAAUUGAGUAAUUUUCAAUUUCAUUGUAGCAUAACUGCUUUCCCUUCACUAAGUAGCUGUUCGUGUAAACGAUCUAUGUAGAUUGUUUCUGUACAUGACUGUUUUGCUGUUGUCAACAUUGUAAUGUCUAUUGUGUUCACCCCUUCCCAACCAUAUCAUAGUCUUUUCAUUCCAGGUCAAGUCAUUAUCAUGGUACUAAGCCUGAUUAUAGUCCAAAGGACGUUCUAUACUGAAUUUAAGGAUUUACAUUUCCAGUGUCAGGUUUGUAUUUUAUCUUGAAACACCUUGUGAUCAUAUGGAACACCUGUGUUCUCCUUGUUAUAUUUGUGUUGUUUCCAACCAGGUGUUGUCAUGUAGCCAAGCAGUUAAGACUUUAGCUUGUCAGUUUCAUAUAUUUGAUCAGUGUGUGCUGCCAUUAUGAAAAAAUCCCCCAAUUUGGUGUAGUCUCUUCCAUCCAUGCCAAUGUUGCCUGUUCCUCUCGUAGUCUUCGUCCAAUACCGUAUUGACAGUAUGUAACUACCAUCACUGUCCAUACAAUACAGAACACUUUCCCAGGAAGUGAGGUUCUCACCUAAAAAGUGUUCAAAAACAAUGUACACAUGUUGUGUGAAACAUGUGAACAAUGGUUAUCUUACAGAUAAAUCAUGUAUUCUAUUGAUGUGUAUUUAUGACAACCAGUGUGUUUUGUAUUAAUGUGGAACCUACAGAAGAAGGGCACAGAAAGUGUAAACAUGGACAGGAAACAUACAAAGAUAAGCCCUCCUGUCAAAAUGAGUGACCCCCUUUAUGGGCAUGGUCAGAUGAUCCUAUGAUGUGGAAAAGUCAGGGGAGCCUUGGACCCAGGGUUUGGCAUGUUACUUACCUGUAUUUCUAGGUGCUGUUGUGCAGCAUUGAUAAGUGCUUCUAAUUGCUUCUCUGAAUGAAAUCUAUGCAUUGUUUUUUAUGAUUAUUUAUUGACCCUAAUAAACAUUUCAUAUGAUCUAA